AUGGAAACUCCCAACCUUCGGCGAUUGAGGCGGGUCCCCGUCCCUUCCCCACGUCCAAAUCUGGUCCACGUCGCACCCCAGAUCGAACCUGACCGACUGGGGAACCUCGAUCUCGACAUCACAAGAGACGCAUCAGGAGCCAGUUCGGUCAAUACACAGCUGCAAAGGAUCUUGACUAGGAGUGAACUACGACGGACGCCGAUGAUGACGAUGACGAACACGGUCGGUGUCGGGCCUGCUAGUUCCAGUCCGCGAUCGAGUCCGGCGGCGACGAUAGACGAUCGAAGCGGAGCCCGGGCCUCUAAGGCUGUGAACGGCACCACGGACCCGAACGUCCGCAUCUUUGCUCCCGAUCUCUUAAAUUCGAGUCUUCACAAACCCAAGACCACUUCGAGACCCCUUCCUCAACUCCCUACUUCGGCUUGCAACGCUGUGGGUUCGUCUAGCGUACGCUGUCCCUCGCCGAGCACAAGGCCGGGCCAAACCAUGUCGACACGACCCCCUCUGCCGUGUCCGCCUCUCGAAACGCCCGGCUUCCCUCGACCCAUCACGGCGCUUGAAUCGGUCUACGGAAUCAGCACUUCGGGCUCACCUCGUGUUGCUGCAAACGAUUUGGGUGAUUGGUUCUCGUCAGGUGCGAUUGAUGAUGGGGCGCGAUCAACUUUCUUCGUUGGUCAACAGCUCGCUCAAGGCUCAACUUCGCUGGCUCAUCGUGCUUUGCCGAACAUUCCGAGGACGCAGAGGAAGAAUGCAUCCCCUUUACCUUCGAUCCCGACCGUCAGAGGAUGUGCUAUUACUUUUCCUCCGUCACCACCACCACCGUCGACGAUACCAGUCCGACCCGAAGUCUCUGCCAUAGCGAACGCUCGAGUAACACAACCACCCUCAAAGGACGAGACCACCGUCCUACCCCGAGCAUACGAGUCCCCAAUCUCCAUUACUCGAACUUCAAACAUUCCGCUCGCAGCCUCCUCUUCCAUCCUCGUCCACUCUGGGUUCUGGGACCUGCUCGCCGCGACUGGGUCAAGGCUCUACAACCCCCUUUCGAGGAUCGUCGGACCAGGUCUGACGCUCGCACCUUCAGCUUUUGGUGGUGGUCCUAAUCAGGAAUGGGAUCAAGGUGGUUAUAGGAGGCUGAAUUAUCAAGCCCCGCUGCCUCCGGAGAUGCAGAGGGGUCCUAAUGGGGGUGGGUUGAGGAAGGUCAAAGGGGUUCAUAAGGGUUUGAUUGGGAGGCCCGAGGGAUUUACGUGAGUGCUUGGCUCCGGCGUUGUUUCUCCUCCUUCCCUUUAAAAGGGUAGAGGGGUGCUGCUUCAACUGAUUUGCUGCACCCGGUUGGGUUACCAUACAGCCAUCUGGUGCAUGCAUCGGAUGCUGAACAGGCUGAGGUCCUGUUGCGCCGAUGGAAGCUGGACGGGGUCGGUAAGAUUGGACGUGAGUGCGCUCGCAUGGUUCCAUCUCAUCAAAUCAGUUCCCUGAAUGCAGCUUGGUGAUCAAUCUCGGGACAGAACGAGGCUGGGCCGAACCCAUUAAAGAGGCGACGCGAACGGUCGCCCGAGCGCGCGGAAUCGCCCAAGUCCAAGCCGCUCGCAGCGAUGCGCAGCCAGAGGGUCGACUCCAAGUGGUCAACGGUCUUCCGCCUUCAGUCGUUAGCUCGAGUCAUAUUUCACCUUUCCCUUUGAGCACUUCUUCGGUCCCUUCGGAGGCGGGGGCGAUUGAGGACGAACCGUUCUUGGGCUUGCUCGAGGUACAGAAUUUGCCCUUUCUUGAUGGAGGGGACGUGCAGCCGGAGAUGCAUGAUCGGAACCUUACCCCACGUAACGUUAACGUCACUGGAGGGGGACUGGGCACCACUCGUUUCUCGCCCGGCGCUCGAACCCUCUUACCCGACUUCGACUUUGGUUCUUCCUCACCUUCAUCACAACAAGAAGUCUACUUUGACCACUCGUUCUCGCACGAACACGACUCCUCUAACGACGACACAAUCAUCCACGACCCCGAUGCACUCAACCCGCCGUUUACCGAACCGAAAUUCGUCCCAUCCCUGUUGACGAUCGAAAAAGCCGUCGCCGCCAAAGUCUACUUCGAGACCAAAUACCACGCCAUCCUCAAACAACCUCGUGAUCGGGAUACGCGGCGCUUGUUGUUGGAGAAAGAGUUGAUGAGGUUGAGCUUGAAUGAUCAGCAACGACAAUGCGUGAGGGAGGCUUGGAAGUUGAGUGAGACGGAGUACCUGAGGGAGAUGAGGCAGAGGGUUGGGGUCAAUUCGUUUGUAAAACUCAAGACUAUUGGACAUGGGGCUUUUGGGGUCGUCAGUUUGGUCAAGGAGAGGGGGACCGGCGAGUGAGUGCUGUCUGUGGGGCAAGUUCAUGGGUUCGUGGUUGCUGAUGUAUUCCGCUUUAAUCAGGGUUUUUGCCAUGAAGCAGCUGAGGAAAGCAGAGUAAGUCACACCAGUGGGAGAAUUGAGCAAUCUUGUAAAGAACCUUCUGAAUUUUGUGGUCGUCUUCAUCUGCAGCAUGCUCCGCAAAGGUCAAGAAGGGCACGUUCGAGCCGAGCGGGACUUACUCGCCACAGCUUCAACAUCGACGAGGUGGACGGUUCGACUCGCUUACUCGUUCCAAGAUGUCGAUCAUUUGUAUCUCGUCAUGACAUACAUGGGAGGAGGAGGUGAGGAAGAGAUGUCGGUUGUGGAAGGCCUGCGUUCCGAGACUCACCGCAUCGAUGAUGCUGCGCAUCAGAUCUGUUGACCCUCCUGAUCGAGCGAGAUACGUUCAAGGAACCGUUCGCAAAGUUUUACAUCGCCGAAAUGAUUUGCGCGAUUCAAGAAACGCAUACGGUACUUCGGGCGAUCCAUCGUGAUGUGGGUGUUUCUCCGCGCUUAAGUCGUAUCCGAGGUGCUUAUAUGCGAUUCGGUGGUACAGGUCAAGCCUGACAACUUUCUGUUCGACUCCAAUGGGCACAUCGCCAUCUCUGACUUUGGCCUGGCGACCGGUACACCUUUUACGCAUAAGGUCCUUUUUUUUCCAGCGCAAAGCUAAACCUCUCUUCUCCCCUCCUCGCUCAGAUUUCCACUGGGCCCACGACGCCACCUACUUUGACCAACAACGUCGCGAUUUGCUCUACAAACACGGCAUAAACCUCGAAGAACCCAACAUCAAAGGCCGCAAAUUCCCUCGAGGCGAACCCCUGUUCGAUCCUAAGAGAGAAGAGUCGAACGGUGCCGAAGACAUUCAGGACAGCUUAUUGACUUGGCGGGAUCGUAAUCGAAGGAGGUUGGCCUAUUCGGUCGUUGGGGUGAGUUCGGAAGAUGGUUCAUGUGCUGUGUUCCAGCACACGGGCUGAUCUUCUUGCUCGAUUCCGCCAGACCAACAAUUACAUGUCCGUCGAGGUGCUCAGGGGUCAUGGGUAUGGCGCUGAGUCGGAUUGGUGGUCGUAAGUCCAACACCGAGGUAGAUCUGCGUCGAAGUUGGCUAAAGGAUCAUGUCCGGUUGUUUCGAGUGUUUCAGACUUGGCGUAAUCAUGUUCGAGAUGCUCUAUGGCUACCCUCCCUUGUGAGGUCUCCAUUCCGCUCUUAUGGCAGAUGCAGUCGAUAGAACUUUGCUCAGUAUGACUGCCUCAUCAUUUUUACAGCGUCUCCAAAAACCGGACUCAAACUCGUCAAAAGGUAUAACAAAAAGUUUCAUCAUCCUUUUUCUACCUUUUCCCGACUCACCCCCCGUUUAUUUCUAAACACUUCCCAUUCCCCAGAUUCAAAACUGGCGCUCCUACCUCCGAUUCCCAUCGACACCUCGCAUUUCCCGCGAAGCGCAGGAUUUGAUCACGAGUCUGAUUUGUGAAAGGGAAGAUCGACUGGGUUCGAGGAGGAGCGUGUCGAAAGAUAGGCCAAAUUCAAUGAUGGAGUCCUUGAGGAGUCCGACCGGAGCAGCAAUGAGAGGGCAGGCCGAACUGGGUGUCGCUGGAGAUGGUGCGGAGGAGAUUAAGGUGAGCUAGGGGCUUGAUGGCUUUUGAACCCCCUUUGUGGUCUGGGAAACAAAACCACACUGGGAGCUGAGUCCAGUUCGACCUCUGCCACAGGCUCACCCUUGGUUCCGAGGCAUCGAUUUUUCCACCUUGCAUCUCCAAACACCCCCUUUCGUACCUUGCUUGACUUCGUCAACGGAUACGAGGUAUUUCGAGGAGGACAUCGAUGCGGUAAGCUUAUCAACUUCUUUCCAUACCAAGAAGCCCCCAAAGAUCCAUCUGAUCCUUUCCCAUCCACCCCAAACCUAGAACCCUCUCCCGCCCCCUGAAAUCGCUCCUGGUAUUCCCGCGCCCGAUACGACGAGGGAUCCUUUGUUGAAGCACGUCGAGCAGGGGCGGAUGUUGUUGGAUGCUAGGAAGGGGUUGGCGUUCCAAGUGAGUUUUCACACGAUGAAUGAAUCGAAACCCCCAAACGACUUUGGGGCAGAGGCUGACUCUGAACUCUUAUACAACUUGCUUCUGAACCAGGGCUGGACCUACAAAAAACCCAAACGGACUGUGUACGACCCCCGAAGGGGGUUAGACCUUUCUACGACGACAUCGCGGGGCAGUGAUGAGGCAGGCACGGGGGGCGGUGUGGGUGGUGGGGACGUGUUUCCGAGCGCUUAUCGAGGGAGAUCGACUUUGCGCGUUGAGGGUGGGAGCGGGUUGAGGAGCUUGAGUGUUUGA